CAUCCAUUCCCUCUAACGCACGACUCAACUUCAACAUAUAUUUGGACGGACAAAAAAAAACAGAACAAUCUAUUCCUAGACUUUCAAAGCCUCAGCCUGAUCUGAAUUAUAGAAAGGUCACAUUUGUAUUACCAUACCAUCACCGCAUUACGAAGAACCAAAAGGAAAAAUCACAGUUUCAUUCAGCCUCCUCCCAUUGCGACCUUGUUUCUGACUUGGAGACACAACAUUUCCGAGCUUCGGAGUCCCGUUUACAGCAGAAGAUCAAUUGCCACCACCUUCUGCAGUUACCCAUUUUGUGAUCCAGCACACACUUGUUUGAUUUGUUGGCGUGUUUGGGAUAAGCACCUGGUCAUAAUUCGGCACUCUGCGGAAACCUGCAUCUCACGAGAUUAACGAUUAGCUUUUAUUCCACGCGGGGUUCAUCGAAUUGAGUUACUGUGCCUUGCAGCAAACAACCGUUUUUGACACGACGUACUUCAUUUAAUUUGUUUCUGACAAAUGAGCGGCACACGAUAGCAACUUACUUUUCUCUUCUUCACCGAUCAAUUCUACGAGAUUGAAUAAGUGGAAUAUUAAAUUCGUCUACCAUCAUCAGCAGUGGGAGCAUAAAGGGGUAUACACAUCACGAAUAGUUAUCGAUGAGAUAUCUUCGAAGCGCGAUGAGAAAAUCGAAAAUAAGAAAACCUCCACCAUUAUACGUCCAAACGUAUUCUAGGGAAUCCUCGCCGCGUUGUUCAUCCGUCCUUUCCGACUGCGACGCCGACGACGAAGGCUUCAUGUCGUCGGGGGAAUUCCUGCCAUCAUGCUCGAAGCCUUUAAAUCAUUCAAUGCCCGGUCCUUAUUGUCCAAGGCGACCAACAUUACAAGAGGUCUUAUCGAAUGCUGCACCACCACCAUGGACUUUAAGCGCUUUCAUGGCAUACCUGUCACAAAAUCAUUGCCUGGAAACUUUAGAAUUUACGAUGGAUGCUACGCGAUACAAAAAUCAUUACCAGACGACAUAUGGUAGGGAUCCAUAUUCACCAUUAUCUCCAACCGAUCAAGAUUGCGAAUAUGUACGAAUGUUAUGGCGAAAAUUGUUGGAUGCAUACAUUGCGCCAAAUGGACCACGAGAAGUGAAUCUACCUUCUGAUGUCAGGGAUCGAUUAUUGGAUUUACCAAAUGCAUAUGAUGCACCGGACCCAAGGGAGUUGGAUCAAGCUGUUAAGAUCAUAUUUGAGUUGAUGGAUGAAUCUGUACUAGUUCCAUUCUUGAACUCGAUAGUUCCUCCGUCACGUGCAUCGGAAUCUAGUCCUUGGGUCUCGAGUGAGUCAUUUAGUGAUACCACUAUGACUGAAUCCUUGGACGAACGAGCCUUGUUGUCGCCUGGUCUAUCACGCGCCAGAAGAGAAAGCCCACCUCCCAGUGGGGAUAAGACUUUUCAUUCCCAUAAUCUUCCAUCACAGCGUUCAUCUCAACAUUCACAUCUUACUGCUGCAUUAGGUCGCGCAACUUCUGCCCGCUUAUCAACAUUUAUCUCUGGAUCUUCAGGAACUUCAUCUGUCGAAUCCGAAAGUCUUACGGAUGAUACCGAAUCACCGUCUUCCCUGGAGCCCAUGACCCCGCCAACGACUCCUCCCACUUCGGAUACUGGUUUUGUAAGCGACUCACCUGAUCCCAGUCCACGUCAUUCUCGUGAAGGAAGUGUUAGUUGGAAGAAGAUGGGUGCCAAACUCGGUUUCAAGAAAAGUCGAUCUUCCCAUGGAUCGACAAGCAUUUCGCGCCCUGGCAGCGGAAGCGAUGAUCAUAGUGGUAGUCAACCAUGACGGGAAGAGGCCUCGUCAUCACUUUCUGAUGCUUUUUCUAGCAUUCCUUACCCAAUGAAUGGGCCUAUGGAAAAUCCCAUAGAUGCCUUGAUCUUGACAAAUGAGAUAUCACAGUCUCACGUCGAUAAAACGCUGAAAGCAACUGAAGGAGUAUCACCACCCAUGGUCGCGCAUCCUGGUUCAACAGUAGAUAUUUCUGGACGUCGACCUUCACUCGUUACAGCUAUGGCGUCAAC